AACAUUUCAGGCUGGCAUGGAAUGCAGUUUUUACAUAAGCUAAUUCUCAGUCAUAACCCUCUGACAACUGUUGAAGAUUCAUAUCUUUUUAAAUUGCCAGCAUUAAAAUAUUUAGACAUGGGAACAACACAGGUGUCACUUUCAACAAUUGAGAGCAUUCUCAUGAUGACCCUUGAAUUGGAAAAACUGAUAUUACCUAGCCGUAUGUCCUGUUGUCUCUGCCAACUCAAAAAUAAUAUUGAGGUUGUUUGCAAGACAGUCAAGCUGCAUUGUGACGGUGAAUGUUUGACAAAUGCCACACGUUGUGAUGAAAAAGCAUCUAUAAUGAAUGUAGAAGGAUCAUUCAUGAAGGUAUUAAAAGCCCGGAAGAAGAGUACCAGUACUGAGCUGACAAUUGAGCCAGAGAAGGCAUCCUCAGACAAAAAUGGCAUCGGUCUGUCAGCCUUUAUGAAUGAGCAGUUAGACUUUAAUGAUGAAAGUGAUGUUAUCAGUGCGCUGAAUUACAUAUUACCUUAUUUCUCAGAGGGAAAUGUAGAAGAUGUAGAAUCAACAUUACUACCAUUCAUUAAAACUCUGUUUUCAAAUGUUCAAGAUGGAGACAAGCCUGUGGGUUACUUGAAAAACAACACAAAGAGCCCUUCUCUUGAACCUGGACCCAACAAUUCAACUUACAAAAAUAAACUGAGGAAACUCUCUUUCCUGGAAAAUUUGUUAGAUGCAGAAAUUCAAGAAAAAAUUGAUGAGGUAAAAAAGAAAGAAAAAACUGCCAUGCUUAUACCUCCCGGGAUUUUAGGUCCCAAAUUUAAGAAAUUGGAAACUGCCCAAGGACAGGAAAAGACCCUUCCCAAGGCUAAGAAUUUACGGAAGAGGUGGUUUAGAAAAAACAGUGUUCUCAAGGGCCCCAAGGACCUACAGAAAAGGCACUACAAGGAAGUGGACGUUCAGAGCACCCAAGGGAAACAGAGUGCCCAGUCAUUUGUGAAGAACAUGGCCAAAGAAAGAAGGCUCAGUGGACCAUCCCCAAGGGAGCUGGAGGAGCUUCACAUGGCCCAGAGGCCCAGGAAAUUAGUGGGAAACUCCGUCCACACAGAGUCUUCAUUCAUAAAGGAGCACAAGGCAGCAGCCUCUUCUUUCCCGAAGCAAAACAUAAUGGGCAAGCCUUCUGCCUCCACUGCUCCAAAAUCCCUACCUAAGGUGAAAAACAAAUCAGAAGACUCAACCUACCCCAUUGUUGUUUUAGAAGAUGCGAAUGCUAGAGUUAGGGAAAUGGAGGCUUCCAGACCAGUCUCGCAUUCUGGAAAAAAGUAUAUUUUCCAUAAAAUUCGCUCACGUAUAGUCCAAAGAACACCCAAGACCAAAAAAAGUAAAAAGUUCAGAAAGAAAAACUCACUCUCGAAUAGAUUGAUGCCUGCACAGAGGCCUCCAUUGCCUGCCGUCAGGAGCCUCAUCGAUUCCCCUUCACAGGAGGCUAUUUCAUCUUCAGAAAAACGAAUUCAGGAAAAUCCUUUUCCAGAAUUAUUUACUCUUUCAGAACCUUCUAAAGAAAACACUACUGUAGAAAACACUACUGCACAGAAUGCUUCUGAAGAAAUUAUUUCUCCAGGAAGCACUACUGUAUCAGAACAAACUCCCCCUGAAUUCACAAACCGUAGGAAUCUUUCCAAUACAUAUUCUACUACCACCAGAGACAACUUUGUGCCGACUGUUAAACAAACCAAUGAAACACAAUGGGAAUACCACAACUUGGUCACUGACUUGCCCCCAAAGCCCACAGGCUUCAGUGUUGCAAAGCUCUCAUCCGCAGGUGAUCUAUUUGAAAUUCAGCUAAACCAGCAGCUACGGUCCCUCAUCCCGAAUAAUGACGUGAGAAGGCUCAUUUCUCAUGUUAUCCGGACUUUGAAAAUGGACUGCUCUGAGACCAAUGUGCAACUGGCCUGUGCCAAGCUUAUCUCCAGAACAGGCCUCCUGAUGAAGCUUCUCAGCGAGCAGCAGGAAGUAAAGGUGUCCAAGGCAGAGUGGGAUACAGACCAAUGGAAGAGAACUGAGAACUAUAUCAAUGAGAGCACAGAAGCCCAGAGUGAACAGAAAGAGCAGAAGUCAAGUGAGGGCUUUUUCUGGAGAAGGCGGCCACUUUGGCUUCGGGACAUGUACAGACCUCUCAAUGCCACACGGAAGAAAAACAUGGCACAGAAGCUACACGACAGGGAUUCUUCUGAUGAGGAUGAGAUUUUCAACAAGGAACCAGGAGAGAAAGGUGGUGCCCCAGUAGAGAAGCCUCGGGCUGCAGAUUCAGCUGCUGAAGACCUGGGUGAGGAGAGCGACAGUGAACUCCGCACCGUCAUCGUCCUCAAGUGACUUUGUCCUGCCUCAGGCUGUCUAUAAAGUUUAUUUUUAUUAAAAAAUUUUUUAUU